CCCCUUCUCAUUUUCUCACCAUCACACACAUUCAUAUACACACCCCCUCUCUCCAAGACUCCCCACUCCGUACGAGCGAGCCUUCUCAUCAGAGCUGGCAGUUUACAGAGCUGAAGGUGUGCUGCUGUUGCCAGUGAACCGGCGCCUGGAAAAAGAAGUGUAGAAGAAACCACCAGACUGGAGAUAUCUGCAACAUCAAGCCUUCUCAGCAAAAGCAGAACUUGUCUGAAGCCCUUCCUGGGAUUUUGAAGAGGACCCAGGAAAGAGAGAGCUGCCAGCACCACCACCAUGAGUGAUGGCAGAAGGGAAGCACUGGCGGCAGCGGCCCCCGCACCCACCACUGCCUUCUCGUCCACGGCGGGCUCCAACACCACAAGCAUGGCUGGACCAGGCAAGGGUGAGAAAGAGGAAGCCUUUUCCGAGCUGAAGAACAAGUUCAUGAAUGAGCUGAACAAAAUUCCGUUGCCAUCAUGGGCCAUUGUCUCGAUCGCCUUUGUGGCCAUCAUCCUUGUGUUAGCCUGCUGCUUCUGCAUCUGCAAAAAGUGGAUUUUCAAAAAGAAAAACAAAAAGAAGGGCAAAGAUAAGGGCAAAAAUGCAAUCAACAUGAAGGACGUCAUGGACGGAACCAAAACCGAGGCCUUGAAGGAUGAGGAGGAUGCAGAAACAGGGCUGACUGAAACGCAGAAAGAGGCCGAGCCAAAGGAAGACCAGAAACUGGGCAAAUUACAGUACUCCCUGGAUUACAAUUUCACCGAGAAUACGCUCAUGGUGGGGAUCAUUCAGGCUGCAGAGCUGCCUGCUAUGGAUAUGGGAGGAACCUCUGACCCUUACGUGAAGGUCUACCUCCUGCCUGACAAGAAGAAGAAAUUCGAGACCAAGGUCCACAGGAAGACCCUCAACCCCGUCUUCAACGAGCAGUUCACCUUCAAGGUCCCCUACGUCGAGCUGGGUGGGAAGACACUGGUCAUGACGGUGUACGACUUUGACCGCUUCUCCAAACACGACGCCAUCGGUGACAUCAAGGUGCCCAUGAACAAGGUGGACUUCAGCCACAUKACGGAGGAGUGGCGGGAUCUACAGAGCGCUGAGAAGGAGGAGCAAGAGAAGCUGGGUGAUAUCUGCUUCUCUCUGCGGUACGUCCCCACUGCCGGCAAGCUGACUGUGGUCAUUCUGGAGGCCAAAAACCUGAAGAAAAUGGACGUGGGUGGCUUGUCAGAUCCAUACGCGAAAAUCCACCUCAUGCAAAAUGGGAAGAGGCUGAAGAAGAAGAAAACGACAAUCAAGAAAAACACCCUUAAUCCUUACUACAACGAAUCCUUUAGCUUUGAAGUCCCGUUUGAACAAAUCCAGAAAGUGCAAGUUGUUAUAACUGUUCUGGACUAUGACAAGAUCGGAAAGAACGAUGCCAUCGGCAAAGUGUUUGUGGGCCUGAACAGCUCGGGCACGGAGCUGCGCCACUGGUCCGACAUGCUGGCCAACCCRAGGAGACCCAUCGCCCAGUGGCACGUGCUGAAGCCCGAGGAGGAGGUGGACGCUCAGCUCGCCACCAAGAAAUAGGCAGGGCCCCUUUCAGCUCCUGCCUUGUAGUACUCUUUAGCCAGUAUAUGUGUAAAUACCUCAGUGAUAAAUGGGUCCAUCCAUGUAACUCCGCCCUUUACUCCCACCUUUGAGCCUCCUGAUUUCACURGGUAAAAGUUCAAACAUCCCCCCGACAUCUUGCUUUAUUAUUAUUUUUUUCUAUCAGGUUCUUUGUGUUCCUUUCUGAUUUAGCAGUUUCCAUCUCUGAGCCCUUCACCYCCACGACCAAAAGCCCCCUUCUUUUAAGCAAUAUGAUCUGUAUAGAUAGCGCAUGACUGAAAGAAUUUAUUGUACCACAGUUGUAUAUAUAAGUAUGCAGACAGAAAUGAUUUCUAGUUUAUGUGUUUGUAUGUUGUUACCCGUUUCCUAAUCUGUGUAUACCUUGAUGUUUUUAAUAAGAUGUUCUAUUUUAAAUUAUGUAAAUGCAGAUAUAGAGGAAAGCCAAUAUUAUAUAUACCAGGAUUUAAAAAUUCUACCUUAAUUACCUUAUUGCAUUCCAGAAAAAUGGUUAUCUCCAACUUGCCAGUGGGAGUAUGUUCAUAUAGUAAAGGACGCCGCCUGGCUUUAAGUUCAGCAUCAAAGAAGAGAAAAACAGAUGAAUUAAUUGACAAAACUCCCAAAAAAACACAAGGCCAUUAACUGCUAUGGUUCUGUGAGGAAAAUUAUGCUGCUGGAAAUUAAACAAGCACAUGAUUUUUAAUYUUUUAUACCUAUUUCUUAAUCAGAGGACCUGCAGUAUGAGUUUGGCUUAAAAUAAUAUUUAUAUUUCUUUGUUUGUUUUUUUUUGGUCAUAUUUGGUAGAAAAAAAGGUCAAAUAUUGCUGGUUUUCUUUUCCGAAACAAAGUUGAGUCYUGAUCCUUGGGGAAAAAAAUAAUAAAAAAUUGACGCAACGUGAAAGGAAAAAAAAAGCACUGAGCUGUUAGCCACUGUGCCCUUAAAACUUGUUCGACAAUAUUUUGUGUAAGCAGCCUUGUCGUCGUUGGAAYUGUCGUGUUCAGGUUUAAUCUUUGAAAAGGGUGACUUAAAAGAAAUAAAAAGCUGCGGCUCUUGUUUUAAGAAUAACUUUAAGGAGGGGAAAAAUCAGCGUUUUGACUUUUAUUUAUUUUUUAGUAAAAUGCAUGAUUGUUUUAUACGAUCCUAAAGCUGACAGGCGAGAUCUUCCGACACUAGGGGGAGCCCUUACGAUAAAAUCACCUCGCCUUCAAUCAGAAGAAGAAAAAAAAAACGCAUAAAGUUUAGGUCGACGUAAAGUUGACGGAGCUGAGGUGAGUCUAACACUGCCAUUUUCAGGGAGGUGACUGGUGUCGAAGCCCUCUCUUCAUGCACACUCCCACUCGUCAGUGGUUGUAGCUUUGGUUUAUUGGGAACAAUGUCUCUGGCUGCAGUGGUGCCCUGAAUCGCAGUCUUUGCUUUGCGUUGCCUUCUUACAGUGACAAUAGAGCUAGCCAUGUUUUACUGCCAAUUUGAACUUUUUAUGUGGCUGCUUUUUUUGCACUGGAUGUCUUUGAACUCACUUGUUGACUUUAGGAAACAUUUGCUUCGUGUCAGGACACCUGCAGGGGUAGCCYGAGAUCCUCAGCACUGGAAAAUUUCGACGGAACCCAGAAAAGGUCGAACAUAGAAUUUAAGAGUAGAGGGGGAAAUCUGUUCCCUUGGUUUAGUGAAAACAUUGAUUCCAACAGCUCAACUAAAAAAAAUUUUGUAACAAAUUUUUUUACGCACUAAUUUUUGCACAUUUUUUAGUAGUUUGUUUUGAAGGAAUAAAAACGAGAAUAUGAGCCUGAGGCACCUUUCAUCCACCCUCCUCAGUGUGAUUUAUGAAWGGACCGAGGCAGCAUGAGGAGUCAACCUGCUGCUGUUACGCCUCUGAGCCAUGAAGGGAGGUAGUCACACAGCUGUAAUGAUUGAUGCAUUAAAGGUUAACAUUGCACUGUAGAACGAAGGUAUGAUGGCAGACGGUCUGUGCCGUGGGAUUUUGAAUCGGGAGGUGUCCAACGUAUGCAUAGUACACUCCACACCUCCUAUUGUUCUGCAUUGCCAGCUUUAUUUACAAAAGGAACAUCGUGGAAAAUGAGCAGCUUGAUUGAUGAUUACGAAACGGGAAGCUUCUAAAAGGAGCAUUUAUACUUUUUAUUACAGAACUGUUUUGUAAAACGCUUCAGAAAUGUCAACCAAAAGAAAAGUUACCAAAUCUGUGCAUACGGUUUUCUAAUCCAAAGAAACAAAUCAUGAAACGAAAUUCACGGUUCUCUAAACAGAAGAAACUGAUUCUUUCCACUUUUCAUUCUACUUCUGCUUUUUGCUGGGUUCCGUCCUUUUCAGCCAACGGCAUCCACUUUGUUUUCUUGUUGGCACAUGACUACACCUGGAGAGCAGGAAAUAACCGUACAAGUUAAUGGUCUGCGUGGUCCAUCGUGUCCUUUACUACGGGUCCAGUCAGGAGCGGAAUAAUCCAUUAAAAACCAUCCAGUCUUUUAUCUUGGAGGAACCUCUUGCAUAUACUCGAUGCUUAUACUUCAGGAGGACUUUCUAAAUGUUUUCAAUGUUAUUGUGUAGUUGAUAGCACUAWUAUGAAAAAGCUACUUGUCAUUCCAUAGGAGUCUCUGAGGACUGCUUUGUGUAUCACUGUGACUGCCGUGUGUGCUUAGAGAUGUAGAUCUAUCAGUAGGUAGCCAGUUUGUUCUGUAGUGAUGUCGUAGCGUUUAAUGCCAUCCCCCCUCCCCCUUCUACACGCAACAAGAGAGAGGAAGAGCGCGCGUGCACGCCUGUUUGACGUCACGCGUUUUUUUUUUGUUUUGUUUUUGUUGUUUUUUUUGUUUUGUACUGGAGCAGGUCGCUUCACACAGCAUUUUGUUGAGCACUGUGCAAUACUUGUAUGUUCAUCCCAUAGUGUUAACGUGGGUGGCGUCGCCCGAGAAAAGACAAACCCCAGAGGAUGACGUUUCUCCUUUCCAGUGCYAUGGUUAGGACACAGCACACCGUAGACUCAGCUUAUAUAGGUUGGAGCUUGUUCACCUCUGUUUAGGGUUCCCUCCCUUUUUUUUUUCAUUUCCUCCUCUUGCAUACAGUUCCAGCAUCAGAGGUUUCAGGGAGUCUUAGUUCAAAACCAAACAAGAGAAAAAGCCCUUAGAAAUGUAUAUAUUCACAUCAUGCCAGAAAUGUAUAUCAAUAAUAAAUAUAGUGACAUAAAUGAUUAAUCAGCAGCAAAUAUAUUUCAUCCACUAAUUAAAUCUCAUUUGUUUUCUGUUUUGUUGAUUAAAAAGCCCUUUUAUAUUUGAGAUAAAAACUCUGAAUGUACAGUAUGAACUGUGUUGGUUUAGAUUUCUUUAACCGUGAGAUUAUUAGAUGUACUUUGCACUUUUUGUUGUAAAAACAAGAAUAUAUAUGGUAGUUUUGUUAAGCCCCCUCCACACACACACACACUUUUUCAUUCACAUCUCUUUUUAUGGGGUAAAAGCUCUCGCCUGAUUCCAAAAAUCAUCMUAUAAAACUUCCACAGGUUCUUUUAUUUGUCACGUUUCACACACAAAUUCCAGAACAGCUUCAGAUUAAAAAAAAAAAAAAACUAGACAGAUUAAAAAAUAAAUAAAUAAAAAAAGGCCAAAUCAAGAGAAACACUAACUCUAAGUUUGCACUUGAAGGAAUCCUCCGGUCAGACUGGAACGUGUUGGAGUGUUUCAGGAAACCCAGUAACGGUGCAGGCGUUGCAGAACCCAUCAGACUGUGAGGUGGAAAAAAACUAACGAAGCAAAAGCCAUUACCUGCACUGCGACGUGUUGCUCCUCCUAUUACGGUUUCUGACCAAAGUAUGCACGCAUAAUCAAACGCCCACAAUUCUCCUCUUGGAAACAACAGACAAAGCUCUCUGUGUGACAAAGUUCUCUCCAGCGAAACGCCACACUGACCUUUCAAAAGCAAAGCUGUGUAAAGUAUUAGAAUCUGAUGCUGUAGAAAGAUCCUAGUUGCCUUUGUGUAUAUCAACUGCCUGCUUGAGUAUUUUGUGUGUGGAAGUUUUCUCUGUAAUCUUGUAGAACUGUUUGGGGUGUUUUUUCCUGCCAUAUUGCUCGCAGCCACAGCGGGCUGCUGACCWGUUAUAUUUGCUGUGUAUACCUUUCAUUUUUGAUCAGGUGUUUUACAGUUUUGUUUCACUUUGUGUAGUGAUUCACUCUGUGGAGUUUUCUGACUGUUGUUAUAUAACUUCAUAUACAAAAAUGAUCAAUAAAAUGUUUUAUUUCCUGUUGA